CUCUCUCUCUCUCUCUGUUCUCUGUACUUUCCUCUCCCUGUUUUUAAUCUCUCUCGAUCUCCCCUUGAGCAAUCCCCUUCCUUCCUCCUUCCUCUUCCACUUUCCAUUACAAAUCUUACCCACCCACCAGCCCACAGCGCUUUGUUCAGAGCCUCAAACCCCUCUCGAAAAACCCCUGGAGAGAAGGAGAAAAAAAAAAGGUGCUCGCCGAACGAGUUCGUAUACGCACUCAAUCAAGAGCACGAUAGUCUCGGAGAGAGAGAGAGAGAGAGAAGAGAUAAGAGAGGGAGGGAGGGAGGGGCAGUGUCUGUGUUCUGGGCUUUGUUCAUUGCUGAGAAAGGGUCGUGCUAUGAAGACUCUUGUUGUUCUGCUCUGAUAUUUCGAAUUCGUCUCUCGCGCGCUCUCUCUCUUUCCUUUCCCCUUUCUUUUCCCUUGGGGGGUGGCGGGGGAAUCGCCGGAAGCUGCCAUGGCCGGUAGUGAUGAAGUCAACGUCAACGAAUCUAAGAGUGUCGUCCCCCUCAACACUUAUGUCCUGAUCUCCAACUUCAAGUUAGCGUACAAUCUCCUCCGCCGCCCUGACGGGACCUUCAACCGCGAAUUGGACGAUUUCCUCGAACGGAAGGUCCCCGCGAACACCAUACCGGUCAACGGGGUCUUCUCCUUUGAUCAUGUGGAUCGGUCCACCGGGCUCCUCAACCGGGUGUAUUUGGCCGCCCCAGAAAACGAGGCCCGUUGGGGGAUGAUCGACCUCGAGAAGCCCCUGAGCACCACCGAGGUCGUCCCGGUUAUCAUUUUCUUCCAUGGAGGAAGCUUCACUCAUUCCACCGCGAGCACCGCCAUUUACGAUACGCUGUGCCGGCGGUUUGUGAACAUCUGCAAGGCCGCGGUCGUUUCUGUAAAUUACCGGCGAUCGCCCGAAUACCGGUACCCAUGUGCCUACGAUGACGGGUGGGCCGCCCUCAACUGGGUCAAGUCGAGACCGUGGCUCCAGAGCGGGAAGGACUCGAAGGUCUAUGUCUACCUGGCUGGAGACAGCUCGGGUGGCAAUAUCGUGCACCACGUAGCCGUGCAGGCGGCCGAUGCGGGAGUCGAGGUUUUGGGGAACAUCCUCCUCCAUCCUCUGUUCGGCGGCCAAGAGAGGACGGAAUCGGAGAAGAGACUGGACGGGAAGUACUUCGUCAGGGUUCCCGAACGCGAUUGGUACUGGCGAGCUUUCCUCCCGGAAGGGGAAGACAGAGACCACCCGGCGUGCAACCCCUUCGGCCCGCGGGGCCGGAGCCUCGAGGGGCUCCAGUUUCCGAAGAGCCUCGUGGUCGUGGCGGGGUUGGAUCUCCUCCAGGACUGGCAGUUGGCCUACGCAGAAGGGCUCAGCAAUUACGGCCACGAGGUGAAGUUGCUGUACCUGAAGGAGGCGACGAUCGGCUUCUACUUCUUGCCGAACAACGACCAUUUCUAUCGGCUCAUGGAGGAGAUAUACGAGUUUGUCCAUUCUUACUGUUAAUACCGGCCUCUUCUUCGCCGUACAUCACAGCAGCUUGACAUUUCAGACUUCUGGUAAUUCUUUUGCAGCGACAAUGGUGUGUAGCUAUAGCUAUAGGGGCUGUGCGAUAUUACUUACCCUUCUUUUUCUACCAUUUUCACGUGGUCGGUUUGAGGAUUCUGUUGCGGCGGAGGAGAUUCGGUCUCUCCUCUGUUUCCGAUCUGUGGAAGAAGCUGACACUGAUGUGUACAAUUCUGGGAUGGCUCAAAUGGAUCGUUUUGGAAAAACUUGCAGGACUCACUGCUUGGGAAUCAUCUUCGGACAUUGAAUGUGCGAAUCGUCUCCCGGUCCGGUCCGGUCCGGGCUGCGAUUGGCUGGUCAGUAUAGCCGGAGGCACAACAUUUGGUUGGUUCCGAUUCUGUUCCCGAGUGAGAGGAGUAUGUUGCUAUUGUAAUCACUGAUUCAGAAAACCCAAAAAAAAAAAAAAAAUUUCCUUCAGAUUACUUCGAUUCCACCAUGCUGUGGAGUUGUAUGUUAUACUUGUGACCUAGAAAUGAAAAUACUUGUUUUUUUUCUUU